CGCAGCGUGGAAAAACAGAGCCUGCCCACUGGUGGCAGACAGAGUAACGGAGAGGGGAGAAGUCCACGUAUUAACAUGCGGAGAAUUGGACUACACAAACUUCUUGCCAAACCUCCAAAUCUUCGAAAUUAUUAAUAAUAAGAGAGGUGGCUCUGUGAAGAUCACUGUACCAUAAUGGGAAAGCCCUCAGUGACACUGCUUGUACUGCUCAUGCAGCUCUUCUCCGGCUGUACAGGAAGUCAAAGGUUUGCAAGGGCUGCCUCUAUCCAGUUCACCCACUCUGUCUACAAUGCCACAAUAUAUGAGAACUCUGCUGCUAAGACCUACUUGGAAAGUCACACCAAGAUGGGGGUCUACGUUGCAGAGCCAAAUUGGGAGAUUCGGUACAAAAUCAUCUCUGGGGAUAAUGAGAACUUGUUCAAAGCUGAGGAUUACUUGUUGGGAGAUUUCAGUUUUUUACGAAUAAGGACCAAAGGAGGCAGCACUGCCAUUCUCAACCGGGAGGUUAAAGAUCACUAUAUACUUACUGUCAAAGCUACGGAGCGGAGCACAAAUUUGGAGUGUCGUACGAGAGUUAGGGUUCAGGUACUAGACACCAAUGAUCUAAGGCCGCUCUUCUCACCAACCUCCUACAGCAUCUCCCUUCUAGAGAACACAGCCAUCCGCACAAGCGUGGUGAAGGUCACAGCAACUGAUGCAGAUAUCGGUACCAAUGGAGAAUACUACUACAGCUUCAGAGAAUGGACAGACAUGUUUGCUGUUCAUCCAACGAGCGGGGUGGUGAUACUAACUGGCAAACUGGACUACUCAGAGACAAAGCUGUACGAGCUGGAGAUUCUGGCUGUAGACAGGGGCAUGAAGCUGUAUGGCAGUAGUGGCUUCAGCAGCAUGGCCAAACUGACUGUGCACGUGGAACAGGCCAAUGAGCAUGCACCUGUAAUCACUGCAGUGACCUUGUCCCCCUCAGAUACAGAUAAGGACCCCACAUAUGCCAUUGUGACAGUGGAGGACAAAGACCAGGGACCAAAUGGAGAGAUCUCGUCACUUAGCGUCGUUGCUGGUGACCCGCUGCAGCAGUUUAAAGCUGUGAGAAGCAGCCCUGGGAGCAAAGAGUAUAAAAUAAAAGCUGUGAAGGAUGUGGACUGGGACAGCCAGCCGUUCGGAUACAACCUCACCUUACAGGCAAAGGACAAAGGCACCCCACCUCAAUUUUCAUCUGCUAAAAUUGUACAUGUCACCUCUGCGGAGUUCCGAAAGGGCCCUCCGGUAUUUGAAAAGGCUAUCUACAAAGUCAAUCUCAGUGAAUUUGCCCCUCUCCACACACCUGUGACUAUGGUGACGGCUGUGCCGAGGUAUCCCCAUCAGAAGUAUGCCUUUAAACACAGUUCCGACAAGAAUAGAUUCAGCAUCAAUGCAGAUACUGGCUUAAUAAGCACCGCUGGACCAAUCAAUGCUGAUAUUUCCUCCCGAUAUGAGCUUGAGGUGGUCACAACUGACAAAAAAGCAGCCACAAAAGUGAUUGUUGAUGUAAUUGAUGUGAAUAACAAUGCACCCGAGUUCCAGCAGACGUCCUACAAGGCCAGUGUUGAUGAGAAUGUACCUACUGGGACCAGUGUGUUAACAGUGAGAGCCAUUGAUCUGGACAAAGGGGAGAAUGGCUAUGUGACUUACAGCAUUACCAACCUGAGUCCCCAGCCGUUUGUCAUCGACUACUUUUCUGGUGUCAUCAGCACUUCAGAGGUUCUAGAUUAUGAGCUCAUGCCAAGGAUUUACAAUCUGAAAGUCAGGGCAUCUGACUGGGGAUCCCCUUUCCGUAGAGAGGUGGAGGCAUCAGUUACUUUAACUUUAAAUAACCUGAACGACAAUAAGCCUUUGUUUGAAAACAUAGACUGUGAGAUCACCGUGCCAAGAGAUCAUGGGGUGGGAGAGCAGAUUACAACAGCUUCUGCCAUAGAUGCUGAUGAACUGCAACUCGUACAGUACUACAUUAAAUCUGGGAAUGAUCUUGAUCUGUUCGAAAUGAAUCCAAACUCAGGCCUUCUGUCGCUGAAACAGACGCUGACUGAGGGGGAGGCAGCUAAAGUGUCAUUUCAUAGUUUACAGGUUGUAGCAACAGAUGGUGAACAUGAGACUCAGCCAAUGAGCAUGAACAUUACUGUCAUUACAGCACGUAAGCCUGUCCAGGUGAAAUGUGUGGAAACGGGUGUCGCCACCAUGCUAGCUGAGAAACUGCUUAAAGGAAGCAAAAUCCACAGCCAAACUGAGCCAGAAGAUAACUUUGUGGACAUUUACUCCAUCAAUCGGUAUUCCCCUCUGUUUGAUGACUCUUUCCCAAGUGUUGUUGAAGUAAAAGAGGACCUCCCUGUUGGGGCUCGGAUUGUUCAUUUAGCUGCUGCAGAUCCAGACAGUGGCUUUAAUGGGAAAUUAGUGUACGUCAUUUCAGGAGGAGACACAGAAAGCCGCUUUAUUAUUGACAUGGAAACAGGUUGGCUUCUGGUUUACUCUCCGCUUGACCGUGAAACAACAGACCAUUACACACUUAACAUUACGGUUUACGAUCUCGGGAUCCCACAGAAAUCCUCUUCACGCUUGUUGGAUGUGAAAAUCCUGGACGCCAAUGAUAACAGCCCUCAGUUUUUGCAGGAUUCCUACUCAGUUGAAAUAAGCGAGAGUACAUUGGUUGGGACAGAAAUUAUCCAGGUAGACUCAACAGACAAGGAUCACGGGGAUAAUGGAAUGGUCAAGUACUCCAUUUUAGCAGGCACCGAUCAUUUUGCUAUUAAUGAACUAACCGGAGUAGUUACUGUGACAAAGCCGUUGGAUCGGGAGCGCUAUCCGUUCUAUGUUUUGAAAAUUGCAGCACAAGAUCAGGCAGUGAGCGAACCUCAGUUAGUGUCAACAGUACCUCUAAAAAUCACCCUGGAAGAUGUGAAUGAUAAUCCCCCUAAGUUUGUUCCCCCUAACUACCGUGUGAAAGUGAGGGAGGACCUUCCUAUUGGUACUGUCAUCAUGUGGCUGGAAGCUCAUGACCCCGACAUUGGCCCUUCCAGUCAAGUACGUUACAGCCUUACUGAUGAUGGAGAUGGACAUUUUGAAGUUGACAAACUCAGUGGAGCUCUUCGGAUUGUUCAGAAUUUGGACUAUGAGACCAAACAGGUGUUUAAUCUGACAGCCAAGGCUAAAGACAAAGGGAAGCCGAUAUCCUUGUCUUCAAGCUGCUUCAUUGAGGUAGAGGUGGUGGAUGUGAAUGAGAACCUCUACAGGCCUUUCUUUCGGUCAUUUGUGGAAAAAGGAUUUAUAAAAGAGGACGCCCUUAUUGGGACUUCUGUGAUGACAGUUUCAGCCGAAGAUGAGGACUUGGGACAAGAUGGAGAGAUUCGGUACUCCAUAAGGGAUGGUUCAGGCUUAGGAAUCUUCUCCAUUGAUGAAGAAACAGGUGUCAUUCGAACACUAGAGCGGCUGGAUCAUGAGACAACGCCUCACUACUGGUUAACAGUCUAUGCCAUGGAUCGGGGUGUGGUGCCCCUCUCUAGUUUUGUUGAGGUCUACAUCGAAGUACAGGAUGUCAACGACAAUGCACCACAAACGACCGAACCCGUCUAUUACCCCUCUGUCAUGGAGAACUCCCCGAAAGAUGUGUCAAUCAUCCAGAUAAAUGCAGUUGAUCCUGAUUCAAAGGCCAGCGACAAGCUCAGCUAUAGGAUCACCAGUGGGAAUCCACAGGGCUUCUUUGCCAUCAACACCAAGACAGGUCUUGUUACCACCACUUCAAGGAGACUUGAUAGGGAGCAACAAGAUGAGCACAUACUUGAGAUAACCAUCACCGACCAUGGGGUUCCACCCAAAUCCACCACCGUCCGGGUCAUUAUACAGGUCCUCGACGAGAAUGAUAACAGGCCGCUGUUCCUGGAGAAGAUCUACAAGAUCCAACUGCCUGAGCGGGAAAGGCCAGAGAGAGAGAGAACGGCUAAGAGAGACCCAGUGUACCGGGUGAUAGCGUCAGACCGUGACAAAGGACCAAAUGCUGAAAUUUCCUACAGUAUCGAGGAAGGGGAUGAACAUGGCAAGUUUUUCAUUGAGCCCAAGACUGGUCUGGUGUCAUCCAAGAAGUUCUCCUCUGCCGGGGAAUAUGACAUUCUUACUAUUAAAGCCGUGGACAAUGGACGCCCUCAGAAAUCAUCUACUUGUCGCCUGCACAUUGAGUGGAUUCCCAAACCAGAGGUGCCAGCUGAUGCAGCUCCCUUGCGGUUUGAGGAGUCCCCCUUUACCUUUUCUGUCAUGGAAAGUGAUCCAGUGGCUCACAUGGUGGGCGUUGUUGCCACAGAGUCGUCUGAUGUUCCUGUGUGGUUCGAAAUCACAGACGGCAGUGAGGAUUCUGACAUGUUUUACAUCCUUCAGAUGGCUUGUGACUACAACUGUACAGCAGAAGGUGGUAAUUACGACAGCCGCUUUGACGUGGGCAAGGCCAGCGGAACCUUGAUUGUUGCUCAGCCUCUGGACACCGAGCAGAAAUCAAAUUACAACCUGACAGUGGAAGCCACAGAUGGGACACGAACUGUCAGCACUCAGGUGCUCAUCCGGGUCAUCGACACAAACAACCAUCGACCAGAAUUUUCUCAGCAGGUGUACGUAGUGAACGUCCCUGAAGAUGAGCCAGCAGGAACUGAGGUCCUGAAGAUCAAUGCUGUGGACAGAGAUGAGAAAAACAAACUGACCUACACACUCCUGAGCAGCACUGAUCCCUUCAGCCUGCGGAAGUUCCGUUUGGACCCAGGGACGGGCACUCUGUACACCACGGAACGGCUGGAUCACGAGACUAUGCAUCGUCACACCCUCACUGUGAUGGUUCGGGAUCAGGACAUUCCAGUCAAAAGGAAUCUUGUCCGUGUCAUUGUUGACGUGGAUGAUACCAAUGACAAUGCACCGUGGUUUAUAGGCACACCUUACUCUGGCCGUGUGUUUGAAUCAGCAGCCAUCGGCUCAGCUGUGUUGCAGGUCACCGCUCUUGACAAAGACAAGGGCUAUAACGCUGAAGUCAUCUACAGCAUUGAGUCUGGAAACGUUGGGAACUCUUUUGCUAUUGAUCCAGUUCUUGGAACAAUCACAGUUGCAAAAGAGCUUGAUUGUAGCAGCAAAUCAUCAUUUGAACUCAUUGUUAAGGCCUCUGAUAACGGAGCACCACCAUUGUCCUCUACCAUCACCGUAAACAUCGAAGUUACAAUUUCUGACAAUGCAGCCCCUAGAUUCUCUGAAAAGGAGUUCUCUGCUGAAGUCAGCGAGUUAGCCCCCCCAGGAAGUUUUGUGAGCAUGAUCACAGCUGUUAGCCAGUCUUCUGUUUUCUUCCAGAUAAGAGGAGGAAACCUAAACAAUGUAUUUGACAUCAACCCAAAUUCAGGAGUGGUUGUAACUCAGCAACCAUUAGAUUAUGAGACCAAGUCUGAAUACAAGCUUAUCAUACAGGGCACCAACAUGGCUGGACUUGCCACUAACACAACACUUCUGAUCCAUCUAAAAGAUGAAAAUGACAAUGUUCCAGUCUUCAUUCAGAGAGAAUUCAAGGGAAUAAUCAGUGAGCUGGCCUCCAUCAACAGUGUUGUUCUGACGCAUGAAAACACCCCUUUUGUCAUUCAUGCCUCUGAUGCUGAUUGUGACCAGAAUUCAAGACUCAUUUAUCAAAUUGUUGAGCCUUUUGCUCAUAACUAUUUCGCCAUUGACUCGAGCACCGGAGCAAUCAGAACCACAACAGCUUUGGAUUAUGAACAGAGGAGCAUUUUCCGCUUCACAGUUCAAGUUCAUGAUCUCGGAAUGCCUCGCCUGUUUGCAGAGACACCGGCCAAUGUGACCAUCGAAGUAAUUGAUGUUAACGAUUGCUCUCCCGUUUUUAGCCAAGAAUUAUAUGAGGCAGCUGUCAUCGUGCCAACCUACAAAGGGUUAGAGGUAAUUCAAGUAAAUGCCACAGACUUAGACUCGGGGCCCAACUCCAAACUGAUUUUCUCCAUUUCUGAUGGAAAUAUCGGAGACAAGUUUAAAAUUGAUCCAGUCACAGGCAUCAUCUCCAUUCAGAAUGUCACGCAGCUCAGGAGCAGAUAUGAAUUAAAGGUCAGAGUUUCUGAUGGUAGAUUUGCCAGUGCCGCUACAGUGAAGGUAACUGUAAAGGAAACCAAGGAGAAUAAGAGGAAGUUCACUCAGGAAUCAUACCAAGCCUACAUUCAAGAGAACUCUGCAGAGAAGAAAACACUAGCAGUUGUUGCUGCUGUUGGGAAUCAAGUGAAUGAGCCCUUGUUUUAUAGAAUAUUAAACCCUGACAACAGGUUUAAAGUCAGCAGCACCUCUGGAGUUGUCUCAACCACUGGGAUUCCUUUUGAUCGGGAAGAACAGGACACAUAUGAUAUUAUUGUUGAGGUCACUGAAGAGAAAAAAUCUGAGGAACCAUCUCAUGUGUUAGUUGUCGUUACUGUGGAAGAUGUAAAUGACAACAAGCCCCUGUUUGUCAACCUCCCCUAUCAUGCCCUGGUCCAAAUGGAUGCUGAGGAAGGUCAUGUCAUCCGACAGGUAACAGCAGUUGACAAAGACAUAGGCCCAAAUGCAGACAUCCGUUACAACCUAAAGGAACCUAACGACCAUUUUGAAAUCUCCCCAUCUGGUCAAAUCCUGCUCAAAACAAAGUUUGAAACAGACUCACUGGACUCUAAGUUUGUUCUAGUAGUUGUGGCAAAGGAUAAUGGGAAACCACCUCUCUCAGCUGAAGUGGAAGUGCCAAUAACAGUUGUGAACAAAGCAAUGCCUGUGUUUGAGAGGCCUUUUUACAGCAUUGAAAUCCCUGAAAACAUUCAGCUGCACUCCCCUGUGUUGCAUGUGCAAGCCAAUGACUCUGAAGGGCCUCGCAUUGUGUACACCAUUUCUGAAGGAGACCCUUUCAAACAGUUCUCGAUUGAUUUUAAUACAGGGGUAAUUCACGUGAUUCAGCCUUUGGACUUUGAAACACAUCCAGCUUACAAAUUAAACAUAAGGGCCACAGACUCUCUGACUGGAGCUCACUCUGAGGUGUUUGUUGAUAUCAUACUAGAUGAUGUAAAUGAUAAUGCACCUGUGUUCCUGUCAAAUUCCUACUAUGCUAAUAUUUCUGAGGCCUCUGUUAUUGGCACAUCAGUUUUGCAGGUGGUCGCCAGAGAUUCUGACACAGGCAACAACAAAGCAAUAUUUUAUCAGCUAGUUGAGGAAAGAGGGAAGAGCUCAGACUAUUUUACCAUUGACCGUGACACAGGGAUAAUCUCCUUAGCUCAAGUUCUUGAUUAUGAAGAAAUCCAGCACCACAAUUUAAGAGUCCGAGCUGUGGAUGGCGGUGUCCCAGCUCUGACGAGUGACAUUAUUGUGACAGUGGAUGUUACGGACCUGAAUGACAAUGCACCUGUUUUUACUGAGCAUACUUACAAAACCACCAUCAGUGAAUUAGCGCCACGUGGAUACUUUGUCAGCCAAGUCAAAGCUUCUGACGCUGACAGCUCAGAUGGAACCAAGCUGGAGUUCUCAAUUGUAUAUGGAAAUGAAGAACAGAACUUUGCUAUCAACAAAAAAACUGGUGCCAUUGUAAUUUCAAACCAUCGACGGCCCCAUAUGCAACCCCUUUACAAUCUUAGUGUAUCAGUGUCAGAUGGUGUAUUUAAAAAUACAGCUGAGGUCAUGGUAACAGUCAUUGGGGCCAACUUCCACAGCCCUACCUUCUCCCAGACGGAGUAUUUGGUAGAGGUUGUUGAGAACUCACCUGUUGGUACGUUAGUAGCAGAAGUAGAAGCAACAGAUGAAGAUGAAGGGAUCUAUGGCGAGAUUACAUACCAAAUUGUCAACGAUUUAGCAAAGGACAAAUUUUCUGUUAAUAAAAAAGGAGAAAUUUUUACUCUUGAAAGCCUUGAUCGUGAAAACACAUUUGAGAAAGUAAUUCCUAUAUCUCUGAUAGCAAAAGAUGGUGGCGGAAAAGUCGGCUUUUGUGUUGUCAAUGUAAUUGUUACAGAUGAGAAUGACAACUCCCCACAGUUCAGGGCAGUUGUGUACAAGGCCACCAUUACAUCAGAUGUCUCAAGAGGAACAUCUGUGCUCAAAAUUGCGGCUUCAGACAUGGAUGAGGGAAGCAACGCUGAUAUAGAGUACUCAAUUGAAGCAGAUGUUGAAAAUGUAAGGGAGAACUUUGAAAUACACAAAACCUCUGGGGUCAUAAUUACCAAAGAAAGCCUCAUCGGACUGGAAAAUGAACUCUAUGCAUUCUUCGUAAGGGCAAAGGACACUGGGAACCCAUCCAAGCAUUCAGUUGUCCAGGUUUACAUCAGGAUUGUUUCAUCAGACACCCCAAUUCCCAAGUUUGCAGAACCAUAUUAUAGGUAUGCUGUUUCCGAAGAUCUUCCUAUUGGAACAGAGAUAGAUAUAAUUCAAGCAGAGAGUGAACAGCCAGUAGUUUACAGCCUUGUGAGAGGCAACACCCCGGAGAGCAAUGAGGAUGAAGUAUUUGUUGUAGACAGAGAUACUGGAGCCUUAAAGCUUGAGAAGAGACUUGACCAUGAGAUGGCCAAAUGGUAUCAACUAACCCUGCUUGCUCAAACUAAACAUAAUAAUUAUGAAAUAGCUGCUUCAGUAAAUGUAAAUAUCCAAGUCAAAGAUAUCAAUGAUAACAAACCAAUCUUUGAAGCUGAACCUUAUGAGGCUGUCACUGCUGAAAACCUGCCAAGUGGGACCCAAGUUAUUCAAGUCAAAGCCACUGACCUUGACUCUGGAACAAAUGGUCACAUUGUCUAUAGUCUAGACCCCAAACAGAUGUCGCAGGAGAUCUUUGAGCUGUUCGCUGUUGACAGUGAAACAGGCUGGUUGACAACUUUGAAGGAGCUUGACCGUGAAAAAACAGACAAAUAUAUUAUCUCUGUCCUCGCAACUGACCAAGGCGACACAGUCCAGCAUGUUGCUGGUACCAAUGUGGAGGUAAUGGUGGCUGACGUUAACGACAACUCGCCCCGAUUCACUGCCGAGAUCUAUAAGGGAACAGUCAGUGAGGAUGAUCCCCCACCCAGUGGGGUGAUCGCCAUCCUCAGCACAACCGAUGAGGAUUCUGAAGACAUCAACAAACAAGUCAACUACUUUAUCACAGGAGGGGACCCACUCGGCCAGUUUGCCAUUGAACACAUUCAGAAUGAGUGGAAGGUCUCUGUCAGGAAGCCCUUGGACCGAGAAGUGACAGACAACUAUCUCCUUAACAUCACUGCCAGUGAUGGAAUCUUUACCGCUAAGGCCAUCGUUGAAGUCAAGGUGUUGGACGCCAAUGAUAACGACCCUGUAUGCGAGAAGUCCAUCUACAGUGAGAGCGUCCCAGAGGACUCCCCGGCUGGCAGGCUCAUCUUGCAGGUCUCGGCCACAGAUGCUGACAUCCGCUCAAACGCCCAAAUCUCUUACGAGCUCCAGGGAGCUGGAUCAGAAUUGUUCAUCAUUGACUCAGACACAGGUGAAUUGAAGACACUGCAGCCCCUUGACAGAGAGGAACAAGAUGAGCACAAGUUCAGAGUGCGAGCACUGGAUGGAGGAGGACGAUAUUGCGAAGCUGAAAUCCACAUCACUGUGGAGGACGUCAAUGACAACUUACCUCAUUUCUCAUCCGACUCUUACUCCCUCACAGUGUUUGAGAACACAGAGACUGGCACAUUUGUUGGAAAACUGCAAGCACAUGAUAUUGACACAGGUCUUAAUAGUGACAUCGUCUACUCCUUGGCUGACUCUGCUGACGGAUUCUUCUCCAUUGACGAGCAAACCGGUGUGAUAACCCUGGAGCGCCCACUGGACCGUGAGGUGCAGUCAGUUUACAAACUGAAGGCUCGUGCUAGCGACCAGGGCUCUCCACGUUAUUCUUCACUCUGUGAGGUGAUAGUUUCAGUGCUGGACAUCAACGACAACCCACCGGUCUUUGAGCACCGCGAAUACACAGCCAACCUGUCUGAGGAUGUGGCCAUGGGAACCCAAGUUAUAAGAGUACAGGCAUCAAGCCGUGAUUCAGACGCUAACGGAGAAAUCUCCUACAGCAUCAUCAGUGGGAAUGAACAUGGCAUGUUCAGUGUGGACCCCCGCACUGGUGACGUAUUUGUGAUUGAGGCACUGGACUAUGAGGCCUCCCAUGAAUACUACAUCACCAUAGAGGCCACAGAUGGGGGCUCCCCUCCACUCAGCGACAUUGCCACUGUAAAUAUCAACCUCACUGAUGUUAAUGACAACCACCCAGUCUUCAGCCAGGACAUCUACACUACCGUCAUCAGUGAGGAUGCAGAGCUCGGGAAGACAGUAUUAACGGUGAUGGCGGAGGAUUCUGAUGGACCAUCCUACAGUCACAUUCGCUACUCCAUUGUCGAUGGCAACCAAGGCAGCCCAUUUACCAUGGAGCCGCUACGAGGAGAACUUAAAGUUGCUCGCCUGCUGGAUAGAGAGAGAACUUCAGGGUACACUCUGAAGGUGGUCGCCGAAGACAAUGGGGUGCCUCCUCUGUCCAGCACUGCCAUAAUCAACAUCGACAUCUCAGACGUCAAUGAUAACCCGCCUCUUUUCUCCCAGGCCAACUACAGCCUCAUCAUCCAGGAGAAUCAACCAAAAGGCACAAGUAUUCUUCAGCUGGCUGUCAGUGAUCGAGAUGCAUCACAUAACGGCCCACCUUUCACCUUCACCAUUGUGGAUGGGAACCAUGGCGGAGCUUUCCACAUCAAUCAGCAGGGUUCUGUUGUGACCACAGGGGUACUGAGCAGGAAAACCAAAGAACACUACCUACUUCAAGCACAGGUGUCAGACAGUGGCAAGCCUCAGCUCUCCUCCACUGCCUUCAUCAGUGUGCGCAUCAUUGAAGAGAGCAUUUAUCCCCCAGCUGUACUUCCACUGGACAUUUUUGUCUCUGUUGCCGGUGAGGAAUACCCCGGGGGUGUCUUAGGAAAGAUUCAUGCCACUGACCAGGACAUCUACGACACCCUCACCUACAGCCUCGCUGCUUCGGCUUCGCCAUCUGUGGAUAAGAGUGCAGCAUUGUUUUCAGUGUCAUCCUCAGAUGGCAAAAUUAUCGCCCUGCGGCCUCUGGAUGUGGGCCACUAUCCUCUGAAUGUGACAGUGACUGAUGGACGCUUUACGACUCCCGCGGACGUCAAUGUGCACAUUCGUCAGGCAUCCCGUCAGGCCCUGGACAACUCUAUAGCGGUGCGCUUUUCAAACAUUGCCCCAGAAGAGUUUAUUGGGGACUACUGGCGUAACUUCCAGCGAGCGCUCAGAAACAUCGCCGGGGUCAGGAGAAGUGAGGUUCAGUUAGUGAGCCUUCAGCCUGAGCAAGGAGAUCUGGAUGUCCUGUUGACCUUGGAUAGAUCUGGCAGCCCGUAUCAAUCCCAGGAGGUCGUCUUCCGCAAACUGAACUCUUCUGCGGCUGUGAUCGAGGACAUGAUUGGUGUCCGCAUUGUGCGUGUGGUUCAGAAGCUGUGUGCUGGGCUUGAUUGCCCGCUACACUUCUGUGAUGAGGUUGUCUCCCUGGACAAAACCAGCAUGUCAACCCACAGCACUGCCCGCCUCAGCUUCGUCACCCCACGGCAUGUGAGGACGGCCUCCUGCCAGUGUGACGGUGGCAGAUGUCCUGUGUUGAACAACCUGUGUGAAAACAACCCCUGUCCAGAAGGGAUGGACUGUGUGGCUGACCCAAGAGAUACUGUUUAUAGCUGUGUGUGUCCUGAGGGCAGGAAGGGCAAAUGCUCCGAUGGCCACUCACUGACAUUCAGUGGAAAUGGUUUUGUGAAGUACCGUCUGAUGGAGAAUGAUAACAAAGAGCUGAUGAAGCUGUCUCUGAGGCUCAGGACCUUCUCUAGCCAUGCCACUGUGAUGUAUGCCAAAGGGACAGACUACAGCAUCCUGGAGAUCUUAAAUGGCCGCCUGCAAUACAAAUUUGACUGCGGUAGCGGUCCAGGCCUGGUCUCAGUCCAAAGUGCUCAAGUUAACGACGGGGAGUGGCACUCUGUUUCCCUGGAGGUGGAUGGUAAUUACGCCAAACUGGUGCUGGACCAAGUGCACGCCGCCUCCGGCGCAGCUCCAGGCACUCUGCGCACUCUUAACCUCGAUAACAACAUUUACUUCGGUGGACACCUCCGCCAGCACCCCUCCCCACGUCUUGGCCGAAGCCUGCCUGUCACCAACGGGCUGCGCGGCUGCAUGGAGGCCAUCCAUUUGAAUGGUCAAGAAAUGCCUCUCAACACCAGAGCUCGGCUGGGCAACGCAGUACUGGAGGACAUCGUUGACGUGGCCCCGGGCUGUGCACUUGCUCCUGCUGAGAGUUGUUCCAGCAAUCCCUGCACCAAUGGAGGGAGCUGUGUCUCUUUGCCCAAUGGAGGCUACUUCUGCAAGUGUCCUGCUUCUUUGAUGGGCACACACUGUGAGAUCGCAAUAAGUCCUUGUGCCUCGAACCCCUGCCUGUAUGGCGGCACCUGCGUACCUCGUGCGGAUGACUUCUACUGCCAGUGCAGAGGGCAGUACUCAGGACAGAGGUGCCAAUUAGGGCCGUACUGCAGAGACAACCCCUGCAAAAACAGUGGGAAGUGCAUUGACAGCCUGGAUGGUCCAGUGUGUGAGUGUGAAGCUGGAUUUCAGGGAAACAGGUGCUUGAAUGACGUUGAUGAGUGCAUCAAUAGCCCCUGUGCCAAUGGAGGCCAGUGCCAAAACACAUAUGGCUCCUUUAAGUGUAACUGCUCGCAGGGUUUCCUUGGACAGAUGUGUGAACUCCCAGUUGAGGUCCCGAAUCAGUUUGUUUCCACCUCCUGGAACAUCGGCCUAGAGGAGGUGAUCGGCAUUGUUGUCUUCGUGUCCAGUAUCUUCAUAUUGGUCCUUCUCUUUGUCAUCAUCCGUAAGAGAGCCUGUCGUAAAAAGUCAAGGACAGGCAACGAGGACAAACACCCCGGCGGUUCCAGCGUGCCUCACUCCUUCCUCCACAGGCCUUACUUUGACUCCAAACUCAACAAGAACAUCUACUCUGACAUCCCUCCUCAGGUGCCUGUGCGUCCCAUCUCCUACACUCCCAGCAUUCCCAGUGAUUCACGGAACAACUUAGACAGAAACUCGUUUGAAGGCUCCACCAUUCCUGAGCACCCUGAAUUCACAACAUUCAACCCAGAUUCUGUCCAUGGACACCGUAAAACUGUAGCUGUCUGCAGCGUGGCGCCCAAUCUCCCCCCUCCUCCUCCAUCCAACUCUGUCUCAGAUAGUGACUCCAUACAGAAGCCCAACUGGGACUAUGAUUAUGACACUAAAGUGGUAGACCUAGAUCAUUGUCUGACCAAGAAGCCUGUGGAGGAGAGCGCCUGUCAGCUCUACAACACCAGAGGCAGCAUGUCCGAGGUCCACUCCCUCAGCUCCUUCCAGUCAGAGUCGUGUGACGACAACGCCUCCACUGUGACAGUAAUCCACUUUGUCAAUUCUGCUGUUGACACGGUGGAAGGAGAAGAGUCUUUUUUGGCUCAUGAUCUCAAGAACCCAAGAGGAUAUCAUUGGGACACAUCUGAUUGGAUGCCAAGUGUUCAACUUCCUGGAAUCCAGGAGUUUCCACAUUAUGAGGUUGUUGAGUCCCCGGCACCUCAGUAUAAUGAUCCGAGUGCCAUAGACACCGACUACUAUCCCGGUGGCUUUGACAUUGAGAGCGAUUUCCCUCCUCCACCAGAGGAUUUCCCUGCAAAUGAUGACCUCCCACCACCACCUCUGCCGGAAUACAACGAUCGCUGCGACACACUGCGUUCCCUGAACAGAGGCUUAGAGAAGCCCGGCUCAGGAAGCUCCAGCUCCAUCCACCAGCGCCCAGCCUUGCCCCAGCUCUACAGCCUUAACCAAUACCUGCCGCAUCACUCUUACCCAAGUGAUGGAGGCGAAACUGAGGGCCAGUGUGCUUCCUCAACCUCUGCUACCAUCACCUCUUCUUCCACCAUGGGCAACAACGGUUAUAGAGAGGGGUACACCUUAGGUUGCAGUCGGGACUUUGACUCCUCAGCUCUGGACAACAUUUCCAUGUCUCUGUACACAUCCACAGCCUCCUGCUCCGACAUGUCAGCGUGCUGCGAGGAGUCUGAAGUGAUGAUAAGCGACUACGAAAGCGGCGAGGAAGGCCAGUUUGAACAGCUGACCAUCCCGAUGCUAAACUCCCAACAGCAUACUGAAGUCUGACACUGGAUCCAAACAAAAGUGCCUGAACCCACUGCUACUCUCAUUGGUAGCCCCUGACACAACACUAAUAACGCACAGUAUGUGUGUACACACGAAAGAGCACCACACAUAUAGCUAAUGUGCAAAACAGUUGAGAGGAGUUGUAAAGGGCCGGGGUGCUGGUCAUUCACCCCGUCACCAUUUUGUAUUUUUGGUCUUUUCCUAGAACAAUGGGUUAUUCCGCCUCGCCCAUGUGGACAGUUCCUACUCUCUUUGACAACAGAGGAUUUAGUCAUUUUCUAUAAGCUGCUGAUCUCUAUAAGAAAAUGUGAUCAUGUGAUUCUGGUAAAUAAUAUCCACCACCAACAGGCUGCUUUAAAACUGUUUUGCCCUGAUCAGGGAUUUUAGGUCACAAUAUUUCUCACAUGUCAUCUGGACCAAACCGAAAUCAGAACAGGAAAUAGAAUAUUAUAAAAAAGUAUUUUGGAAUUAAUAGACAGUCAAUUUAUAUUGCACAUUAUAUUUAUUUCCAUAAUUUAUGACAAUACCUGACUUAAAUAACAAUUUAAGGACACACAAAUAAAUACCUUGGUACAAAGUGGUUUGAUCACAGGUACGAAUUGUGAGGACCCAGCUUAUGUGUGAAUGUGGGGCCUAUAUGGAUGUUAAUUAAACUGAACGGGUACUAAGUAGACCUAGUAUGACAAUUGGCUCCCUGUAUAAUAUCCUUUUAGUUAACUAGGAAAAACCGGUACCAGCAAACAGCUAUAGAUUUUAGCUUGCUCUCAAACAGUUAUAAGUGAAAGUUAUGUUCAAUAUUAAGGGGUAUUAAGGCCACACUUUUUACUUAACAAUUAUGCAAACUGUUAACUAAGGCUACGUUACCACUGCAGGCCUUAAUGCUCAAUUUUUUUUAUUUUUAUUUAUGAAAUCCAAUGCUUUUGUGUGUUCGUUCACAUUUCCAAAUAUACGCGACUUAUAUGCGAACUCUUAGUGGAGUGCAUAUUGAAAUCUUCCAUUUGAAAAGAUCAGAUCCACAUAGUCAAGUGGCCUGGGUUGCAUUGGAAAAAAUCAGAUCUGUCUUGUUCAGACUGUCAUAAAAAGAUCAAAUAUAGGUUGCAUGUAUCCAAAAAAAAAAAUCAGAUUUGGCUCUCUUUAGGCUGCUGAGUGAACAUAGCUAUAGUCACUUCUAUCUGGGACCCGUUUUUCUCUUCAUUUCCAACCUAUAUGGCCCCAUACGUAAAUGUUGUCUGGGUAUGUGGGGACAAAAUGACAAAGCACGGUACAGAAUAAGGGUACGAAUUAGUGACGGGAACUUAAAGGCUGGAAAGGAUAUCAAGAGGUAAAAAGUUGCUUUUGCUUCUGCUUUUAUCAAAUCCUGCCUGUUGGAGAUCGCUUUACCACUACUUUAAAAAUGACCAGUUAUGCUUUUGUUUUCUGUUCCAAAAAUAUAUUCAGUCAAGGUUUAGAUAU